UGCCCAAUCGUUCACACACAUACUCUGCUUCAACGCAUUCGGUUUGUUUGACAGAUAUACGAGAGACAGAAAGUAGUUAAGAAAGAAAGAAGUACGGUUUAUAUUUGAAAAAUCAGAAUAUAAGAAUAAAGUGCGUGUGCGUAAUAUAAGUAACGAGCCAGAACAGACAUAUAACCAAUUAGCGAUUAAAGAGGACCAGCAAAAAUGGGUAAAGCUCAGAGCAAGCGUUCAAUUGAUAUCACCACCGAUCCGAAAAAGGUUGGCGAGGGCGACGAAGUCGCUGGCAAAGUCGAGAAAAUUGAAGAUGUCGAUCAGGCGUCGGCGCCGCCCGCAUUAAAUGGCGAUGCGGCAACGACAAAGGAAAAGAGUCCCGGCAGCGAGGAUGCAGCGGGCGCAGCGGGCGCUGCAGAGAAAAAGGAGACCGAAGAGAACUCUGAGAACGACAAAGAUUUAACCACCGAGAAAAAAACUGCAGAUUCGGCACCGAAAUCUGAUGGCGCCUCCGGUGAUGCGUCUGCUGAAUCUGCAAAAGAUGAGGCAGUCGCAGCCUCUGGCUCGCCGAAAGAGGGCAGUGGCGCCGAGGAAAUCUCACCUCUGGCUGAUGAGAGCAUCAAGUCCAAGUCCAAGAAGGAUAAGGUGAAAAAGAAAUGGUCAUUCCGAAGCAUAUCGUUUGGCAAAAAGGACAAACAGAAGCCAGCCAAGACAGAGGAGCCUGCAUCCCCAACUGCAGUAGCGGCAGCCAGCUCCGAGUCCGCGCCAACGAAUGGCGAGGCGGAGCAGCGACCAGCAGAAGCAGAGGGAGCACCAGCAGCAGCAGCUGCCGCAGACAAAGAAGAGCAAAGCGCGGACGCAGCACCUGCAGAUGCGGCGACCAAGGUUGAACCGAAACCCACCGAAAAUGGUGCAGCCAGCGAACAGGAAAAGCAGCCGCAGGAGCCACAGGCGAACGGAGAUGACAAGACAUCCGCGCCAACAGUAAGCGAGGAGGCGGUUAAGUCGGAAACUACACCCACCACCGAGUCGAAGGUUGAGGCUGUCGAGCAGAGCGCUGUUCCGGAGCCCGUCAGUAGCAACGAUACCACCGAAGCUGUUACCAAUGGUCAUGGCGUAGUCGAGCUAGUGUUGACCAAUGGCGACAAGAACGGGUUGGCUGAAUCCCCGACCGAGCCGGAGGCAGCACCCGUCAACAGUGCUGGCGAGGAGCCGCAUCAUCAGAACGGCACAAAUGGAGUUGGUGAGAACAAUGACACUGCCACGCCACCGCCAACACCUGUCGCCGAGACCGAGUCCGAGGCCGAUCAAAUUAAGAACAAGUCGCAAAUCGAGGUAAAACAACAACAACUAGACACCACAAACAACACUGUAAAUACGAGUAUCACAACAACAACAACAACAAGAACAACAACCACAGGCACUGAGAACAACUCCACAAUCACAAUCACUGAGACAGAGACCAUUGCCGCCGCAGAGUUAGUUCAGACCCAACCAACCAACACCCAAAAUAACACAAUACCUAACAUCACCACCAACACCACCGACAAUUCCGUUUAUCUUCCCACUUCCCAAGCGCAGGACGAAGUGCAAGCCGCCGACGCCGCCGAGGAAGAACAAGUGGUUGCUGCUAUUAUAGCGGCUGUUAGUGAGCCUUCCGAUUCCGAGGGUUUUGUUUUUAUUGCACCUCCCGCUGAAACCGACCUGGCCCAGGCUGAACUUCAAGCUGAGCCCGAACAAGAAACGGCUGUGGUUUGUGUUUCCCCUGUGCUGCCCAAUCUAGAACUUGAAUCCGACGCUCCAAAAUUCGUCCCAGAGCCCAAUCCCGAUGCUGAUGUUUUAGUUUCUGUUGCUGAUAGCGCCGAGGCUAAUGUGGUUACAGUUGAGUUCAGUCAGCCACCACCACUGCCCAAGUCUCCGCCGCCCUCCCGUGUUUCGGCAUUUGCAUUGACCACAGACGAUGAAACGCCCGACAACGACGAUGACAGCUUCGUGAACGAGGAGGCAAAGCAAGAGGACAUUGAUACACCAGCACCCACAGCGGAGGAUGGUCCACUGUUGGCCGAUAUUGAGCACCAGGCGCAUGCAUUUGUUGAGGAAAUAACCGAGCAGGCGGCAGAUAUUGUAACGGAACAGGACAAGCAGAAGCCACUGAUGAUCGAGGACGUAACUUUAGAGAACAUCAGUGAAGAGCUAAUGAGUUCUGCCGUAAAGAUUGUUACCGAUGUUGAUGCCGACGAUAACGAUGACAUUGAGGAGGAGGAGCAACUGAAAAAAACAGAGCAGGUUAGCAAGGAUGAAGAGCUGGUGGAACAGCCAGAGAUAAUAUGCGAUGACAAAGUGAAUGAUGAUGUGGCUGAGGAUGGCAUCAAGGAAGGGGAACAGCCGGAUGAUAUUAGCGAGAAAAUCAUCGCUGUUGCAGAUGACUUCAGCUUGCGGGGGAACGAUAGCAAGGUGACAUUUGAAAAUGUGCCGGAGCUGGAGGAUAUGCAAAGAGAUAGCGAUGACGAUAACGAUAACGAUAAAAUGAUCAGCAGCGAUAACAGCAGCAGCCUAACAAAGCUGGAUGCAUUUGUGGUGGACAUUAAAGAUGCUGCUCAUCUUGAGGAUAUCGCCAAGGAUCUAAAGGAGAAGAAUGCCGCGGCAGAUGUUACAACACAGGACCUGCCCGUGACAUGCGAAUAAUACUAAUAAUUAUUAUAUAUAUUACAUAUUAUUAAAAAAACAACAAAAAAUAAAAAAAAAAAACAAAAACAAGAAAAAAA